AUGACUUCCUCAGACGCAUCCGCUGCGAAGAGUAGCCAAACUAUUGUCAAACUACGCGACGGCUCUGGCGAGCUUCCACUGAUCGUUCUACACGGUGGGGGCGGUACCAUUCACGCGUUUGGGCCUUUGAAGAACAAGUUCAGAUCUGCGCUAUGGGCUAUACAGGUUACGCCUGAGACGCCAAUGGUCACAUUGGUGGGCCAAGUGAGCUUUUACUACCAUCGCAUCAAGGAAGAGCAACCGAGUGGGCCGUAUCGCCUGUGCGCUUUUUCAGCCACAAGCAUCACUGCAUUGUCGAGAAUCCGCCUCUUGACGGCGGGCGACAAUGAUGAUCGUCCGCUCUUCGAACAAAACGGGGACGUAGUGUCCCAACUCGCGUUGAUUGACCACUUUCCCACCACGUUCCUUGCGCCCACCCUCGGCAUUGACGUAGAGCGAACGCCGUUACACCAUACAAAUGCCAGAAAAGAGUUCAUCGACGCCAGCUUCUCCAACCUCGUGGCCUUGACGCGUCGUGAUGGGGGCGGAAACCUUCCAAAGCGUGUGGAGGUGGCCAAUGGUGUAGUUGAUGCGCUUCAUGGACGCCCCAUUAGUCCGUUCAUCAGGUCUUACUAUACUGCGGUCGAGCAGUUUUUGAACCAAGUCUUCGAUUUCUUGCUAUUCUUGAGCACCGAUGACAAGCAAUCCGGGCUAGCCGUUCUCGAGGCGUGGCUACAGAAGGUCAGGGCGCCGAUUAGCGUAUAUCUUGGAUCAUACGGGAUCGUAGGUUCCGUCCUCCCAGAGCACUGCGACAUGUGGUACGUUCGGAUUCGGCGUUGUUUCCCUCAAGCUGAGAUCACCUACUUAACGGGAGGUCAUUUUGAUAUACUCGCGGACGAUGUCGUUAUCGAGGGGCUCCAACAUGGAUAUUUGACACGUACUAGGGUUCGGAUGUAA